AUGGCGACGCUUCCGGUGCUAGAUCUCCACCAUGAGCUCCGCACACCGUACCUGCUGCUGGCAGUGCAUCGGGCCCGUCUCUUCCCUGGCCACCGUACCCUCCUCAUCCUGCGCCACACCGUGGUGGUGCUUGUGGGUGCCCUCGUGCUGCGACGACUCCAUUUCGAAGAUAAGGUGAUCACCGCCGUGUACACGCGUUUUCUGAACCAGAAACCGGCUCAAACGACGGCUAAUGACGACCAAUUAGCAUUGGUGGUGUGUUUGGCCAAGGCGUGCCAUAUUUACUACCCCGACGGGCGCACUUACGUGGUCAGUCUCCCAUUUACCCUACGCCACGCCGAUGCGUUUGACCAAGGGCUUAUCCUCGAGAAAGACCACGAUCCCAUCAUCACGACCGACUCGGCACCCACUGCUGCUGCUCUUAGCUCGACGCAAUCGCCGCAAUUCAGUGGUGCUAAGUUUUUGACUUUAGUCGACCCCAUCGGCGAUUUCCGGGUAUUGGCGACGUCGCUGACGUCAGUAAUCGCUCCUAACGACCACCUAAUCUGUUUCCCGCAACUGACAAAGCUGUCGCUGCUCUGUGUCACCCACAACCUUAGCGAUGGCACCCUCACUCUCUACCACAUCCGGAGCCUGGCCCGCCCCAAACUGCGGCUAAUCCUGGCGCCAAUGGUGAAGAAAAGGAACACAAAGCACGCGCCGAUGCUGACGCCAAACCUGAGCCGCAUCCUCGACGACGACAUCGACAUGAUGGCAGCUGGAGCACAGGCAGUGGCGCAGCUGCUGCUUUCGAUGGACAAGAAGCGCACGCUGACGCUCUUGCUGGACGUGCUGCUGAUGGCGAGAAUGGUUACCACCUCCGAGUACGCUGACCGCAAGCUGACGCUGGUUUUACGCAAAGAUAUGAUAUUGACCAAAGUGGACCAGAUCGGCACGGUGGCUCCUGGCAGUGGCCUUAAAGUGUGGACGCUUGUAGGCCACGAUCAGGAAGCAGUGGUGGUGGUUGAUCGAGCCAAGGCUAAAGCGACGGUUCACAUGUACCGCUCCCCCGUAUCCGCUGGCUCUGCUGCUACUCUCUAUACCAUAGAUUGCAUUGACUGCGUGGUGUUUAACGAUGCCACGUCGCUGUACCUUGUGGUAGCCGUGGACGACCACCAUCUCCAGCUAGUGAACCCUUUCCUCGAUGUGAAACUGGCGCCUGUGACUACCCAUCUGGCCAUUGCUCGUCUUUCCGGGUCAUGUGACGAUACCGUGGCCUUCUGCACUCCCCGUCACCAUCUCCACCAGCUUAGGUUUAUUAUGGUACCUACUGACGACAUCCUCAAACGGUGCUUGAAGCUGUUUGAGUACUUAGCCGGGAGAAACAUCAGUGAGACUGCCCUCAUGCUCUGGCGCAGCGCCACGAUGAUGAGUGCCACCAACGACGAGUGGGAGGCGUUUGCCGUUACUGUACUAGCCUUAGUGUUCCCGUUUGAUGCCGUCACUCCUGAAACCACUCCUACCAUCGGUAUCUGUUCUCUUUUAUCUACUGCACGCGAAUUACAGGAACAGCGGCCGAUGAACUACCUGCUUGGCGACUUGGUCCCCUACAUAACGAUGGCCCUCCACUUAAUCAGAGAAGACUGUCGCUUAGACGUAUUAGCAAAUGCCGCCGUGAUCAAAUUGGGAGCGCUUUUGGCUCAACUAACCAAGUGGAUGGGGUGGCCAGAACCGUGGACAACUUACUACCACUAUGGCGAGGUUGAUCGCGAAGUAAGGUUCCUUUCCAGCGUACUUUUCGAAGCUCCACCCAACAUCUUUGCCCUGUUGGCCCUGUGGUUCGAGCCCCUGCUGGCCGGGGGUUCCUCGGGGUUUGUCACCAUAUCCCAGCUUACUGAAGAGAGCGACGCCGUCAAUAAUGAGAUUACACCACGGACAGCGUGGGUGGUGCGGCUCGUCGAACUUCUCGUGUGUGAUUAUGGUAUAAACGCCAUUAUCGAGAUGAUGGCGGCAGCAGGAGUUACGGUGGGUGAACUCGAUACUUUACCUCCCGGUAUCGCCCUUAUCGUCAAGGAGAUCCUCCUGGUGUGUCAGGAAGACCCUGCCUUUGAGUGGACGAACCCUGCUCUUGAACUUAUUGGCAGACCCGAUAUCAUGGGGCUUUCGCUGCUAAACCCUCAGUCAAACCCCACCUAUCAUCGUCGCAGUGAACCGAAACUGGUGGGACAGAUUCUCCAGGGCAUCAUGAGUGACGACGUGGCGCAAAUCAGUCCAUGGGACGGCCAAGCUGAGGCCGAUAGAAUGGGGAUUACUAAGCUUAUCUUUGACUAUGACCGUCGCUACUACGAGAUCACCCUGUUGCUUCACCAGACGAAACCACAAACGGCUCACUUGGAAGUGGAGCCAGCGGUGAGCGAGUACGAUGUCGUAAUACUCCAACGUGAACUUGCCCGUAUCGUGGCGCUGAGAACGCUCACGAUACCCAUGGGACGAGCGGCGCUUUUCUUCUCUGGGAGAACUCCGCUUUUGACGGAGAAAUUCCCCAUUGCCAAAUUCAACUUGAACUGUUUGGUGGCACCCACAAUGACCAAUAUUGUGUUGGCGGACGACGCCGUACCUCCGGCGAUCAUGGAGUGGGGGAACUUCCACAACGGCGUCCUGGCUGGCUUAUCUAUUUCCACGGAAAGUAAAGGCAUUAAUGGGUCGUGGAUCAUCUUCAAUAAGCCCCCCGAUUUGAACGCUCAGCAUGCUGGGUUUCUCCUUGGUUUAGGACUCAAUGGCCACUUGCGACGCCUAGAAGAAUGGCACAUCUAUAACUACUUGGGGCCGAAACACCCGUUGACUUCAGUGGGGCUCCUUUUGGGGAUGGCGGCGUCGUUAAGAGGCACCAUGGAUAAUAAGCUUACUAAGGUUUUAAGUGUGCAUGCUUUAGCGUUAUUACCUCGCGGAGCUAACGACUUAAACGUCCCCGUGGUGGUCCAGCUGGCAGGGCUUAUUGGCAUCGGUUUAUUAUACCUUGAGACUCAGCACCGGCGCAUGAGUGAGAUCCUCUUGGCUCAGAUCAUGGGCCACGUACUCCAGAAUGGCCAGGAUACUAUCCACGAAGGGUACCGUCUCAGUGCCGGCAUCGCUUUAGGCUUAGUCAAUUUGGCUAAAGGCGAUGAUUUACGGGGUUUAAACGAUACCCACGUCAUCGACCGCUUGAUGAUGGUGGCGAUUGCGAUGAAGGAUUUCCAGCUGGCCGACGAGUUGGAUAAACUGUGUGCCGGCGCCAUCAUCGCGUUGGCAUUCAUCUACUUGAAGACGAAUAACCGGGUGAUUGCAGCCAAGCUCGAGGUGCCGCCGGUGGAGCAGCUCCUCGACUACGUGCGGCCCGACUUGCUCUUGCUCCGGUGCUUGGCUCGGCUGUUGAUCAUGUGGGACUACAUCGGCAACUCCGUCGGGUGGGUGGAGGCGCAGAUCCCGCUGACGCUUGAAGGGCGGUUUGAGCUAAACCUGGACCACAUGGCCUAUUUCAAUAUCAUUGGCGGGACGUGUAUGGCGAUGGCGGUGCGCUACGCGCUGACCCACGACGCCGUGGCCCGGGAUACGUUGAUCCACUACUGGGAAGCCAUGGCCCACUUGACGGCCACCACUCCUACCAACUUUGACCAGAGAAUUGCCCACCAGGGGGCGUUAGCCACUCAGGUUCUUUUGGGGCUUUGUCUUGCCGUGGUGAUGGCAGGCAGCGGGGACUUGGCCACCAUGCGCCGCCUCCGCGCCAUGUACCACUGUACCACUAGCCACAUGCAUUAUGGGAUUUAUCUGGGCACUAACUUAGCGCUUGGCUUUCUUUUCCUUGGUGGGGGCCAGUAUGCCAUUGGCUCGCUGCCCCUCGCGAUCGCGGCGCUUGUCACCUCGCUCUACCCGGUGUUUCUGCUGCUCCCCGACGAGGCCAGCAUCUACCUUGAGGCGCUCCGCUACUUCUGGGCGCUUUCGAUCGAGCCCCGGUGUCUCGUGGUGCGCGACGUCACCAGCCACAAACCCCUCAAAGUACCCGUCAAAAUCACCACUGUGGACGGCGAGGUGCGCCGGGUGGUGCUGCCGUGCCUCUUCCCCGACUUCAGCCGUAUCCACUCGCUCACGACGGAGCUGGCCGACUACUUCGGCGUCGAGGUCGACUUCUCGCUCCAGCUGGCCUACCUCGACCGGUUCAAGCAGACGAAGACGUUGUACGUGCUGAAGCGCCGCAACUACGCCUGUCUUGUCCCCACGAUGGCCCAGCUUCUUCUGGUGGCCAAUAAAGUGUUGGAAGUCGGCGACGUCACCGAGGCGCCCCAGUACCAGCUCGAGGUGCUCAAAUCGGUGGAUACCCUCGCCAAACAGGUGUUGGCGUUUGACGAGCUUGAUAACGACGACGGGGGCCAGGACCAGGGGAGAAACCAGGGUCUUUCCAUCGCUACUAUCGUCGAUGACCAGGUGGAGUGGACUCACCGGGCGGCCGCCCCUACCAUCGACGACGUGUGGAACCUAAAAGUGAUGUUUGCCUUUGCCCGGUACUAUUUGAGCCACGGAGAACUACACUACGUGUCCCACCAGUUUAUUCACCACUUACAACAGAAAUUAUGGGCGUUGACUAGUUAG